CCCACGGAUGGAGUGAGUCAGUGAGUGUGUGAGGGAGAGAGAGAGAGAGACAAGGGAGCCGCCGCCACCGCUGGACGGAGCGACGUCCCGGAGAAGAGAAACGGAGCCUGGGUUAGAGGUGGAGGUUGAGAGAGAAAAAAAGCGAAGAUAAAGUGCUGUUUUGAAGCGUUAAAAGGAAGAAGCGUCUGCGAAGAGCAACCGCCGCCGGGGCCACAAUAAAUCUUAACGGCUGUAAAUAUCCUUAGUCUGAGAGACUUUUGUGUUAAAGAUGACUUUGAAGUAUAUCAUUUAUAUUGGACUGAUUUGCUGCUGCAUAUGGGAUGGACUUGCCCAAUCAGAUCUUAGUGAGUGUUUGAAAGCCAAUGCCAAAUCAUGCGGGGACUGUAUACAAGCUGGUAGAAAUUGUGGAUGGUGCACCAAAAAUAAAUUCUUGCAGCAGGGAGAACCAAACUCUGCACGGUGCGAUGACAUAGAAUCACUCAAAAAGAGAGGGUGUGAAAUUGAAGAUAUUGAAAAUCCAAAAGGUUCGCAACGUGUAGAUACUAAUAAAGAACUUACUGGACGUACAAGUGGCGAAAAGGUAGAGCUGAAAGACAUUACACAGAUCCGACCGCAGAAGCUAACUCUGAAAUUACGAUCAGGAGAGCCACAAACCUUUCCAUUGUACUUUAAGAGAGCAGAAGACUAUCCCAUUGAUCUCUACUAUCUUAUGGACCUCUCCUUUUCUAUGAAGGAUGAUUUAGAAAACGUAAAGAAGUUAGGAACAGAAUUGCAGACUGAAAUGCAAAAGAUAACGUCUGAUUUUCGAAUUGGAUUUGGUUCAUUUGUGGAUAAGACUGUAAUGCCUUACAUCAGCACAACCCCAGCCAAAAGGAAGAAUCCUUGCUCAAGUGGUGAAGUAUGUACUAGUCCAUUCAGCUACAAAAAUGUCCUGUCAUUGACCAAUGAUGGAUCAAAGUUCAACGAACUUGUAAGCAACCAGACAAUUUCUGGGAACCUGGACUCUCCAGAAGGAGGUUUUGAUGCCAUAAUGCAGGUGGCUGUCUGUGGAGAAAAAAUUGGCUGGCGCAAUGUCACUCGUUUGUUGGUGUUCUCUACAGACGCAGGAUUUCACUUUGCUGGGGAUGGUAAACUAGGUGGUAUUGUUUUACCAAAUGAUGGGAAUUGCCAUCUUGAUACACAAGGUCUCUACACCAUGAGUGACCAUUUUGAUUAUCCAUCUAUUGCUCAUUUGGUACAGAAACUUGGUGACAAUAAUAUUCAGCCUAUUUUUGCAGUCACAGAAGAAUUCAAGGGUGUGUACAAGGCACUCCAUGAUCUCAUUCCAAAAUCCGAAGUGGGGGUUCUAUCAUCAAACUCUAGUAAUGUAAUCAAGCUGAUCCUUGAUGCUUACCAUGCUUUGUCAUCUGAGGUAAUCCUUGAGAACAGCAAAUUACCAGAAGGAGUGUCGAUACAUUAUACAGCCUUUUGUAAAAAUAAUACUGUUCAUACAGGGGAAGAAGGCAGGAAGUGUUUAGGCAUUCAAAUUGGUGAUGAGGUGAGCUUCAACAUAAGUAUCACAGCAAAAAAGUGCCCAAAUAAUGGUGAAAAGGCGACUAUUCAAAUCAAACCUCUGGGAUUUAAUGAAAAAGUAGAAAUUGAUCUGGAGUUUGUUUGUGAAUGUGAUUGCCAUAAGAAGGGAAUUCCUAAUAGCCCCGAUUGUCACCAGGGUAAUGGAACAUUUGAAUGUGGAGCUUGCAGAUGUAACAAAGGACGGAUUGGUCGAUUUUGUGAGUGCAGCACUGAUCAAGUGAAUACAGAGGAUAUGGAUGCUUCCUGCAGAAAAGAUAAUGCAUCUCAAAUCUGUAGUGACAAUGGAGAUUGUAUCUGUGGGGAAUGCCUCUGCAAAAAGAGGGAGAAUCCUAAUGAAAUCAUCUCAGGCAAAUAUUGUGAAUGUGAUAACUUUAAUUGUGAUCGAUCCAAUGGAUUGAUUUGUGGAGGAAAUGGUAUCUGUAAGUGCCGGGUGUGUGAAUGCAACCCCAACUAUUCUGGCAAUGCUUGUGAUUGCUCCCUGGAUAAUUCGACAUGCAUUUCGGAGAAUGGACAGAUGUGUAAUGGGAGAGGCACAUGUGAGUGUGGCCGCUGCAAAUGCACUGAAUCUAAAUUCCAAGGAGCUGCAUGUGAAAUGUGUCCAACCUGCCCUGGAGUAUGUACAGAACACAGGGAUUGUGUUCAAUGUAAAGCCUUUAAUAAAGGACGCAAGAAAGAGAAUUGUGACGAAUGUGAGUUUGAUGUGAUACCGGUGAAAGAGCAAACUGAUUUGCCACUACCAAGCCAAGAUUCACCAAUCCUUCAUUGUAAGGAGAAGGAUGAAGAUGAUUGUUGGUUCUACUUUUCCUAUUCUGUUAAUGAUCAAAAUGUUCCAGAAGUUUAUGUUACUGAAAAGCCAGAUUGUCCACAAGCACCUGACAUCAUUCCAAUUGUAGCUGGUGUGGUUGCUGGUAUUGUCUUGAUAGGUCUUGCCCUGUUGCUGAUAUGGAAAUUACUGAUGAUUAUUCAUGACAGAAGGGAGUUUGCAAAAUUUGAAAAAGAGAAAAUGAAUGCCAAAUGGGAUACAGGUGAAAAUCCAAUCUACAAGAGUGCUGUGACGACUAUUGUCAACCCAAAAUAUGAGGGAAAAUGAUGAACUUUGUGCAUUUCUUUUUGUGGGAAUUCCUUUUUGUUUUAUUGAAAGUAUGGAUAAUGGGGUAUGGAAUUUUCUUUUAUAGUCACAAGAAUAGCUUUAGAUCACAUUGCAGUGAUUUACUAACCAGUGUAAGUUUUUCUAUGCAGAGUUUGAAAUGUGUACAGUAUGUGUAAAGAAAGAUUGGUUGCUUUUUGAAAAAGUUUUCAUUUGAAGAGAAUGGGAAGGCAGGCUUUGGAUUGGAAUAUGUUUGUAUUGAUAAAACACAGCUUUGUUUUAGAUUUUGAUGUUUUUUCAACCCAGGAAUUUGGCUUUCCAAACUUUGUUAAUUGUCUCAACAGUAUUUGAAAUUAGGGAAAACAUUUGAAAACCACAAAAGAAUCACCCUCCGUUAUUGUGCCAAAGGGAAUGCUUUGGAUUAUUUUCUACAGUCAUUUGCGCUGCCUGUGAGAUUUCUGUAGAAGUCCAAAACAGAUCCUUUUUUUUUGUAAUCAAUACAGACUGUGCAAUUAUCUAUUGUGACUUAAAACUCACAUUCACAUUGUCUUCACUGUGUGUUGAGCACCCUUUCGAAUAGGGCACUUCAGUAGCAGUCCAUGCUGUUUGUUUUUGAAGCAUUAUAUUAUGUUAAACAUAUGGCAGAAAUAUUUUUGGCAUAAUGUAUACACUACGCUGCCAAAUAUGGACAUUAUUUAAAAUUGUAAAUGGCUUUGCUGAAUCAUGACAAAUUAAAUUUAGUUUUUUUUGAAGUUAGAUGCAGGUCUUUGUUGAUGUGUAAUUUUGCAGACUUUCUAAUGUAAGUACUUAACAACAACCAAUAGUUUCCACUUUUUUUAAUCAGCAUACACAGCCAUCUCUUCCAUUUUGAAGCAAGUCGUCCUUAAGUUUUGCAAAAUUUUUGGCUAUUAGUACUAAUAAGGUGCGAGCAAAUAGUAACUUGGAUUCAUCCUAAAGAAAGCUGUUUGUAUUAAUUCUUCCCCCAUGUUGUGACCGACUUCACUGAGAUCACAUUCUUGUUUUAAAGUGCCUUUUUAUUUUAACAAUGUUUUCACUAUUUCCAUACACUUUACUUGAGUUAUUUAUUAAAUAAAUGACUUUAUAAAAAUAUC